GUUCACUCGGCCCUUCCUUUUUCCGAUACGUAGUUACAAACAGUAUCGUUUACUCCGUAGGAUUUAGGCAUCCCAAACCGUGAAACAGGGGUUGACACUGGAAUGGAGCCUCCGACGUUCGGCGGCGGGCAAGGGAACAAUAAGAAGGUGAGAAAGAUGAAGAGCCCAAAGGAGAUGGUUUCUCAUUACGAGGCCCAGGGUAUGGGAACCGAAGAAGCUUCGCUGAAAGUCAUCGACGAACUCCAGAAGGUGCUGUUCGGGAUGGCCGUAACUUCCCGAGAUCAAGGCGGCGCUGCCGGCACUACUUCCAGAAAGCUGGAUUCGAUAAACUCGAGAUUGAUUAGGCUGGAUAUGAAAUUGGACUCGAAACCUAGCUAUCCCCAGAGCCUCGCCAUCGGGGUGGCCUCUGGCGCACUUGUCCAGCUCUUCCCCCAAUUAGCCGGAGCUGCUGCUGGCAUCUGGAAUUCCGUUCGCUCUGUUUCUAAAUCUAAUCCAUGAGAGGAAGUCUUUUGUUUUUCGUCUGAAUUAUUGAAUGAGCAAUUGUUUGUUUUGAUUGUCUUAUGAAUUUAAUUCAUUGCUAACCCUUCUG